UCUUGGGAAGAAUAAAUCUGCCAAGGAAGCCUUUGCCGGGUGUUUCUCGGAGGGAGAUAGGCCUCGGGAGUUUUUAUACCGAGGCUCUAAGAGCUACCGCAUCUAUUCCCAGCAUUUGCAAGGCUUGCGUAUCACUAGCAAUGUGAUGGAAUGCGGAGUGGCGGCCUCAUGGUCCCUGGUGAUAAAGUGAUGUUAUGGUAACUCCAUGUGUCUUUUGGGGAUGAAAAGCCGCCUCUUUAGGGGAGCUCUAAGUGUUGAUCAUAGUAGAUUUAGCCGUUCGUUGUGUUGCUUUUCUUUUUGGGACUUUGUUUUGUCGUCGUUACAGCAGUAGUCCCCGAGCCUUUCCUCCCCCCCGAGCAAGAUCUUUCUUCCUUUCGCCAUGUCGAUCCCCGCCGGCAUCCAGGAGUCGCUGAAGAACACGAAACGCAAGUACCACCAGAUGGGCACGAACGGCCUACGUGUCUCGGUGCCCAUCUUCGGAUGCGGCGACCUCGGGGAUCCCAGGAUAAUCAGCUGGGCAAUCCAGGAAGACGAAGAACUCCCGCUGCUCAAAGCCGCCUAUGACAGGGGGCUUAACAUGUGGGACACGUCCAACAUCUACUCGCACGGCGCCUCCGGGACGCUCAUCGGCAAGGCCAUCAAGAACCGAGCGGCCAUCUUCAACCAGGCCUCCGCCUCGCUCGCGCGCCUCGACACGUCGUACAUCGACCUGCUCCAGAUCCACCGCUUCGACACAACAACCCUCAUCGAGGAGAAGCGCGGCUGGCCCAUGAGCCAUGUGCCGCUGGCGUGGCUCAACAAGCGGCUCACCAGCCCGGUUGUCGGCUUCAGCUCGAUCGCGAGGAUGGAUGAGCUUCUCGAGUCGGGGGGCAAGGUCCUGACGGACAGAGAGGAGAAUUAUCUCAAGGAACUGUAUCUCCCCAAGGCUAUUAGGGGUCAUGUGUAG